AAAAUAAUCAUUCUAAUCUCCCUCCCCAAACCAAAAAAAGUAUUUCACAUUUAGAAAAAUUUAUUUAUUAUUUUUAAUUUUAUAAUAAUGUUUUUGAUCUUAGUGAAGUUAGUCUGGUAUUCGGCAUGUGCUAUAUUGCCCGAACCCAUUUUGGUCUUACUUAUAACCGGUCGUCAACAUCAACAACAUGGAUUCCUGUGUUCUGGAAUACGUACAAGUCCUUCAACAAAAUGUUGCCGAAUUACACCAAAUGGGUAAAGAAUGGGGUAUGACAGAGGAAGAGAUGUCAGCCUGUAUCGAAAGAGUAUUGAAGGAAGAUGAGAAUGUCGUUGUAGCUCCCCCACCUACCUUUACAUUGAGGCGUAUCUUACGACGUGUUCCCGUUGCAAUUUUCUUUCUGUUUGUGACCAUUCUGGUCAUUGCGUGUGGUGCGAUGGUUCUAUUUUACGUUUACCCACCUGCAUGGAAUUAUGUAUCAGGAGCACUUAAACUAUAUGACUACAAAAUGUUGAGAGCGGUGCGUCUUGCAGCACUUCCUCUGCACCGUUAUUUCAAUAUCACAAGUUUGUAUGAUGCCGAAUGCAUUGUUGGCAACCCCUGGUUUGAGGGACCUUCUAAAGAAUGUAUCUGGUGUAGAGAUGUGCACAAAUUUGAAAUUUUAAAUGACACUACAGACCAAGAUUUAAUAACAAAUUAUCUCAGAGAAGCAAGACCUAUGGUUUUUCAGGGGUUGGCUAAGAAAGUAACAUUUGAUGACUUAAGACAAUUGUACAGAAAUAAUAAGGAUGUCCUUGACACAGCUGCUGUCUUCCAAUCCAAUGUGCCAGGAAUGAAGAACAUUGAGGACCUGUUUAUAGAUGAAAUAGAGGAGGACUUUUUGUACAAGGACAAAACAACCAUCUACUGGACGACCAAAAACAUCCCUAGCAGUCAGGUGAUGAGGAAGUUGUUUCCUCGUCCAUCUUUUAUUCCUUCUGAGAGUGAAGUGGCUUUGGAUAAAGUGGUUUUCGUGGAUGGUCAUAAAUCAGGCCACUAUGAAGUAACAACUGUAAGGUUUGAAAUGGGCUAUUACAUGCAGCUGUCAAGCAGUCGCAAGGUGAUAGUCACGCCCUCCAGACAUUGUAGAGAGGUGUGCAGCCCCAUGCAUACCUUGAUGAAUGAAGGAGACAUUAUGACCUAUAACCCCUUGGUCUGGAGAGCAGUGAUGAUGCCAAAUGUAGACAAUAUGCUCAGCAUUGGAUAUUUGGGGUCCUACUCUUUUGCUGGAUUGAAACAGGAUGAGAUUAAUCCAGAAGAUCAGCCCCCUUCAUCACAUGAUUGGGAGAAAAAGGAAUGAUCAAUAGAACUGGUUUUUUUAUUCAUUGACAAAUUCUAAAGCAGAACCAAGAAUGAGAACAAUGAAAGUUUUCUUCAAUUUUUUAUUUUAAUAAAUGAAAUGUUACAUUUUG